AUGUCUUCCCUUACCGCCGCCUUCAUCGUCGGCGCCGCUGUUCUCUCCGGCGUGCGUGCCUCCCCCGUCGCCAGCGCCAACGCUGCUGUGUCCACGCCUUCGUUCCUGACGACGAUUGGCCUUGACCCCGAGGUCAACAUCACCAAGCGUGAUGUGAUCGGAAGAUUGCCCAACGGUGCCGACGACAUUGAGCACCGGUUCCAACCUGUCUUGGACUUUGAUGGCGAUGGCUGUUACUACACCUCGGCCAUGGACGACCAGGGCAACCUCAACAACGGAAUCCAUAACCCCGGUGACGGCGUGCCCCCUGGUUGCCUGGCCCAAAACUGCCGUGAGGAGAACCGCCUGCAAAGCAACAACGUCUACAGUCGCGCGCGGUGCAACAAUGGAUGGUGUGCCAUCAUGUACGAGUACUAUUUCGAGAAGGACCAGCUCAUCUGCGGUCCCGCCUGGGGCAACGGUCACCCCCACGACUGGGAGCACGUCAUUGUGUUCGUCCAGGACGACCAAGUCAAGCGUGUCGCUCCCUCAUGCCACAAUGAGUACCCGACAGCUACCAACGAGCCGCGCCUGCACGAUGGCACACGCGCCAAGAUCGUCUACCACAAGGAUGGUGCCCGGACUCACUGCGUCAGGAUGGCCGCCGAGGCCGACGAUGAUAUCGAGAAUUACACCGGCGAGUGGUUUCUCGGUGAGCUGGUCGGAUGGAACCACUACCCGACUGUUGACUUGCGGACAAAGUUGGUCAACUUCCACCAGGAUGCCAAGCCGAAGCUCAAUGAUGCCGACUUUGCUGCUGCUCUGAAGGCGGCGGCCGGUGAUCAGGUGCCUGGCUUCAACCCUGACUCGGAUAGCUGA